AUGUACCCUCCACCGUCAUUCAACGUACCACCACCUCCAAUAGUAAAACCACCAAUUAUAAAUCUUCCAGCUUCAGUACUAAGUACCCCGCCUCCAGUAAUGAGUACCCCACCUCCAAUAAUAAACAACACCAAUUACUCCAACCAAUACGCCAGCAAUCCUUAUUACUCCGGAUACCCAAACAACUACGCUUAUCCAUACCAAAACUACCCUGACAUAAGCCAAGGCUACUACACUGCCGAAGCGAGUACCAAUCCUCAAUGGAAGUCAUAUGACUCAACAGAUCGUUGGCAAUCCAUUCCCAGUAACAGUACCAACAAUUGUAGUAACUCACCCGCCGACACUUGGUCAAGCGCGCUUAAAAAAGACCGCUGGAGUAACUCUGAGCCUUUAAAAAAAAACUACCACAAAGAGAGAAAGACUGACCCGCAAAUAUCAGAAAGAAAAUCUAGUUGGACUUCCUCUAGGUCUCCGAAUUACGUUAGUAGAUCUACCAGUAAGGAGCACCGCGAUCGCUACAACGAUCGUGAUGGUAAAGAAAAAUACUCCAGCGAAGAAACUGAAAGAAAAUCGCGGAGAGACGACAGUCACAGCCGAAGCAGGAGCAAGGAUGAUUAUUCAAGCUCCAGGUCCAGCAGAAGAAGGUCCAGGACUCCUGAGUCUCCCCGAAGUGCUUCUCAUUCUUCCAAAGCACUUAGAAAAAAGAAAACUGAGCGCGAAAUGCUCCUAGAAAAAUAUCGGCGCAAUUAUUGCGCGACUAGUUACGACAUCGAGAGAAAAAUUGAUGAGCUGGGUCCCGAAGGGAUUCUCGAGUGUGACAAAAAAGUUUGGACCCGCGCAGCUCCAGCUGAUCUUUAUUACACAAGGGAUGAAAACAACCCAAAGGUCAUGAGAGCUACCCCCAAGCUCAAAGAACUUACCGACAAUUUUAAACGCUCGCUUUUAGACAGGGCUAAUGUGGCCAGAGCUAAGUACUCGCCUUACGAGCCACCGCCUCGAAGAACCAAAGCAAAGUUGUGCAGGCACAAGUCUGAGGCUUGCAGUUCCUCGGACAGCGACAGUGAUAGCUCAAUUGAUGAUGAUGAUCGUACUAUGGAGGAAUUGAUGGCCAAAAAACAACAUCCUCAGCGUCUGCAUCCAGAGAUGUGGUUCAACGACCCGGGAGAGAUGAACGACGGUCCGCUGUGUAGAUGCAGCGCUAAAUCUCGCCGCUCGGGAAUUCGUCACGGAAUUUACGCCGGUGAAGGGUCUGUUUAUAAUUGUGACUUGGACAGUAAUAACGCUGAUAAAUUGUAUCACUACCGAAUUACAAUAAGCCCCCCUACAAAUUUUCUAACCAAAACCCCAACUAUUAUCGAACACGAUGAACACGAGUUUAUUUUCGAAGGAUUUUCAAUGCUCUCCCACUUCCCGCUUGUAAAGCUACCUACCUGCAAGGUGAUAAGAUUUAAUAUCGAGUAUACAAUUUUGUACAUUGAAGAAAAACUCCCGGAGAAUUUUACAAUAAAUGAAUUAAAUUACUUCCAAGAGUAUCUUUUCAAAGAAAUUUUAGAGCUCGUAGAUUUCAAUUUACAUUCCGCGCAAAAUUAUACCGGGUGUGGUCAGUUCCAUUUCAUGCCUAGGUUUGUAAGAGAUCUUCCUGAUAAAGGCCAAGAGAUACUAUCGAUGAACGAAGUUCUGAAUUAUUUAAUAAAAAGCAGCACUUCUUUGAUCGAAGCCGAAGAAUUAGAUCGUCUUAUAGCGAUGCCCCAGUACGAGUGGCAAAAUUAUGCAGACUUGGUAAAAGGAAUGGUGGUGACUUAUCCCGGAAAGAAGCCUUGCAGUGUUAGAGUGGAUCAAUUAGAUAGAACUCAAGGAGACCAGCCUCCUGGAAUCACAGCUUAUCCAGAAAUAGUUCACUUCGGAAUCCGGCCGCCUCAAUUAAGCUACGCCGGGAACGCAGAUUACCAAAAAGCCUGGCGAGACUACGUUAAAUUCCGACAUUUGCUGGCCAAUAUGCCCAAGCCUUCUUUCGAGGACAAGAGAAAGUUAGAAGCGAAAGAAAAUCGGCUACAGGAGCUGCGGACUCAGAGCAAAAUGAAGCGGGACGUUACUGUUGAUGUAAGUUCCGAAGGAUUCUUCAGAACUGGGAUAAUGUGCGACAUGGUUCAGCACGCGAUGCUCAUCCCCGUGCUGGUGUGUCAUUUAAGGUUCCAUAAAUCUCUGGACAACCUUGAGGAAACUCUAAAGUACAAAUUUAAGAACCGCUAUUUAUUACAACUCGCUCUUACGCAUCCCAGCUACCGAGAAAAUUUUGGAACUAAUCCCGAUCAUGCGCGUAACUCGCUAACUAAUUGCGGAAUUAGCCAGCCCGAGUACGGCGACCGGAGGAUUCAUUAUAUGAACACCAGGAAGCGUGGGAUAAACACUUUGAUAAAUAUCAUGUCGAGAUUCGGCGCUAGGAGAGAAACUGAGUCUUCAAUUGCGCACAAUGAAAGACUUGAGUUCCUCGGAGACGCUGUUGUGGAGUUUCUUACCUCCAUACACUUAUUCCACAUGUUCCCUGAUCUUGAAGAAGGAGGCUUGGCUACUUAUCGAGCUGCUAUUGUUCAGAAUCAGCACUUGGCUGUGCUAGCAAAGAAAUUGAACUUAGAGCAGUACAUGCUUUACGCUCACGGGAGCGACCUUUGUCAUGAUUUGGAACUGAGACACGCAAUGGCUAAUUGCUUUGAGGCACUUAUGGGGUCGCUGUUCCUUGAUGGGGGAAUUCAUGUAGCUGAUAGGGUUUUUGGAGAGACCUUAUUUCAAAAUGAACAAGAUUUAGGAAAUGUUUGGGUGAAUUAUCCGAGGCAUCCGCUUCAAGAGCAGGAGCCUACUGGAGAUAGGCAGUGGAUUCCGAGCUUUGAAUUGCUUCAAAAGUUAACAAAGUUUGAAAAAUCUAUCGGCAUUGAAUUUAAGCAUGUAAGAUUGCUAGCCAGAGCUUUUACUGAUAGGAGCAUCGGGUACACUAAUUUAACACUUGGUUCCAAUCAGAGGCUUGAAUUUUUGGGCGAUACUGUUUUGCAAUUAAUUGUGUCGGAGUAUUUGUACAAAUAUUUCCCGGAGCAUCAUGAAGGUCACUUGUCGUUGCUUCGUAGCUCGUUGGUUAAUAAUAAGACUCAAGCUGUUGUCUGCGAUGAUUUGGGAAUGACGCAGUAUGCUUUGUACGGGAAUCCCAAAGCGGAAUUGAAGACUAAAGAUCGAGCUGAUUUGUUGGAAGCGUUUCUUGGUGCGCUUUAUGUUGAUAAAGGCUUGGAGUUUUGUCAUGUUUUUUGCAACGUCUGUUUCUUCCCGAGAUUGCAGAAUUUUAUUAUGAAUCAGGACUGGAACGACCCGAAGAGCAAGCUUCAGCAGUGUUGCUUGACGCUGAGGACUAUGGACGGAGGAGAGCCGGACAUUCCGGUUUAUAAAGUUAUUGAGUGCAAGGGACCGACUAAUACUAGGGUUUAUACAGUCGCGGUUUAUUUUCAAGGAAAGAGGUUGGCUAAAGCUUCAGGGCACAGUAUUCAGGAGGCUGAGAUGAACGCUGCCAAGGAAGCUCUGGAAAAUUCUCAGGAAUUAUUUCCCCAGCUGGAUCAUCAGAAAAGGGUUAUUGCUAAGAGUAUGAAGAUGCAGAGAUGGCCUAAGUCUAGGGAUAGAAUUGCUGAGAAGUCGGACGAUGAGGAUUCAGGGAGCCAAAGAAGGCGCGAGAGGAGGAGAAGGAAAAGUCGGGAUGCUUCUGAUGAUAGUGAAUAG